CGGUCAAGUGUUUUCCCUCACUCGGCAAAGCCCUAUAUAAGUUCAUUUUACUGUCACGUCAUGCGCGUUGCUCACUCCCAUUGCCCGUUUCCUCCGCCUGGAGUCUCCGACGAUCCCUGCUCACCGCCGGCGAUCAACUGCAACAACGGUGAAUGUCGAUAAACGACGAGAAAGUGAAGUUGCCAAUCAAUGCUAAUCCUAUAGUUGUGCAUGAGCCGAGGUUCAAUCAAGGAGGUCAGGCUGAUUACUACUCUUUUGCGAGGGACACAAUACAAAAUGGAACGGCUGAGGCAACUAUCUACAACUCCAAGAAACUUGAGGAUGUUGUGCAUGAAAUGGGUCUAAAAAUUAAACAACACGAAGAGAAUAUCAAAUUCCUGAAGACUCAAAAGAAUGGGUUGGAUAAUUCGAUCUUAGAUAUGCAAGUCGCUCUUGGCAAGUACCAGACAGAGAGUGAAUCUGGUCCUGAAAAUGAGGAACUUUCCCAUGUAUUGAGUGAGCAGGAGACAAUUGAACAAAUCUUAAGAUAUGAGAAAUCUGCAGCUGGCAUCUGGUGCCAACUAAAAACUCGUCAUGGAACUCAAGCUUCUCAUCUUCCUUUGACGAAGGAUGUUCUGGGAAUUGUUGCUAUGCUUGGGAAAGUUGAUGACGACAAUCUUAGCAGGCUUCUCUCAGAUUAUUUGGGACUUGAGACUAUGCUAGCAAUCGUGUGCAAGACAUAUGAUGGUAUCAAAGCACUGGAAACAUACGAUAAGGAAGGCUAUAUAAACAAGACUUCUGGUUUUCAUGGACUUGGAUCUUCUAUUGGGAGGUCUUUGGAUGGCCGAUUUCUUGUUAUCUGUGUUGAAAACUUAAGACCAUAUGGCGGUGAGUUCAUAGCUGACGACCCUCAAAGGAGGCUUGAUAUUUUGAAGCCAAGAUUACCCAAUGGGGAAUCUCCACCUGGUUUUCUUGGUUUUGCUGUGAAUAUGGUCAGUAUAGACAGUGUGAACUUAUAUUGUGCUACAAGCAGUGGUUACGGUCUAAGAGAGACUCUCUUCUAUAACCUGUUUUCACGCUUGCACGUAUAUAGAACAAGAGCAGAUAUGUUACAGGCUCUCCCUUGUAUUAGAGAUGGAGCCAUAUCUUUGGAUGGAGGAAUAAUAAAGCAUAACAAUGUGUUUGUCCUGGGCAAGAGGGAAGUAGAUUUGAAAUUUCCAAAGAGCUUUGCAAAGUCAAAUUUGCCGCAGGACUACUUUGAAAUCGAAAGACAGAUAAAGGAGAUGAAGUGGAAAAAGGAAAGAACUGUAGAAGAUAUGCAGAGAGAACAAGCAUUGCUAGAUCAUGCAAGGUUCAACUUUGGUAUAAAGAAGGAAGAGUAUUUGAAGUUUCUUGCACAAAACUCAUCUUACACAAGACAG